UGCACACCGGUUACCUGACUAAUGGUCACGUGACAAGUUUGUGUAUACAAUCGGAUUUCACUCAGGUGUUUUCGGAUUCAAAAUGUACAAACUAUCAGAAAUUACAUAAAAAUCGUAAAAAUGACGAAGAAAAGUCUUCUUACAGUAACUUGCCUUCACUUUACUGUUUUCGUUCUGUCAAUUAUCUCUGUAAAUGCUCAGUAUCACGUCCUCGUCAGAACAGAACAUGGAGAGGUUGAAGGGUUCACAGUCAGAUCUCAGUAUGAGGCGUAUGACAGGCGAAGGGUUAACGUCUUCCUUGGAGUGCCAUACGCUAAGCAGCCAACACAGUACCAGGACUGGAGAAGGGAAUUCCGAUUCAACAAACCAGAGAAGCCUUCUUGGACUGGGACUUGGAAGGCAGACAAGUAUGGCCCAGCGUGUCCCCAGCUGCCAUGGUUUGUGAAGCAGACAGUUCCCAGCUUCAGCCGUGCAGCGACCAGCGAGGACUGCCUCUACAUGAACAUCUUUACCCCCAAUGCGACAGAUGAACAGCCAGUCGCAAAUCCUAACCUGUUUCCAGUGAUGGUGUUUAUCCACGGGGGAGGGUGGACAAUGGGGGCCUCCCAACAGUACCCAGGGAUCUUCCUAGCUGAACGCAGGGUUGUUGUCGUUACAUUCAACUACAGGCUUAAUGCUCUGGGAUUCCUGAGCACAGCCGAUCAAUAUUCCCCGGGUAACUAUGGUUUGUGGGACCAACACAGAGCCCUGGAAUUUGUGAAAGAGAACAUUCGCAGUUUCCGUGGUAAUCCUAACAUGGUGACCAUAUUUGGGCACAGUACUGGAGCUGCAAGUGUGGGCCUACAUUUACUGUCUCCAAGAUCCUACAAUUUGUUCCAUCAGGCCAUUAUGAUGUCAGGUUCUGAUCGAACCCAAUGGGCCGUUCUGCCGAGCAGUGACGAUGCAAGUUAUUAUGCCUCGGAGCUUGCUCGUGAGACAGGGUGUCCACCCAAUGAUAAUUAUCGGUUGAUCAGGUGUCUGCAGGAAUACCGCAGUGCCGAUGAGAUUGUGAAUGCCUCAGCUAGGGUCAGGGUUAGGGAGGGUACGGUAGGGAGCCCAUGGAGUCCAGUUGUUGAUGGCCCAUUCCAGGGCUCACAGUAUGCCUUUAUGACCGACCAGCCCAGAGAUAUGCGUUCACAGGGACGUUUCCAGAAGCUACGAGUCAUGGGAGGACUCACCAAGGAUGAUGGAUCAUAUUUUAUACCAAACAUGCCAUCACUCCAAGAGGGCCUAUCACCAACUCAAUUUGACAACAUCCUGCUGGAGUUCCUGCGUGACCAGAAUGUGAAGGACAUGGUGAACGCCCUGGAGGCUCUCCGGUUCGAGUACUCGUAUUGGCCACAACGCAGCAACUACUCCUGGGUACGCCAGGAGAUGAUGGAUAUGAUGUCAGACUACCUGUUUGGUACAGGGAUGGACGAGACACUGCGUUCCCAAAAUCUCUACAACAGAACCUAUAUGUAUCUUUUUAACUACAAGUCAAGAUACGACUAUGUCCCGACCUGGAGAGGUGUUGCCCAUGGUCAGGAGCUGCAGUACGUGUUUGGUUACCCGUUCAUCAACCAGACAUACAGGGACCUGUUCGGAGUCUACCCACGUCAGGUGUACGACAUCGACUUCACAGACAGGAACAUCAGUGAAUACAUGAUCAGCCUCUUCACAAAUUUCUCCAACUCAGGGAACCCUACAGAUAGUAAAUACACAGUGAGCAACUUUGGUAACAUACCUUGGCUGGAGUAUAACCUACAAAACCACAGUUAUCUCGAGAUUGGAAACAAGACACAAAACAGGGUGAACUUUCGACAACGGCAAUAUGUCUUCUGGCGGGAAUAUUUCCUGUCUAUCACAAACAGGGGCCAAAUUCUAACCACCACCACAUCCAAACCGCUGUCAGAAAAUGAGUUCCAGAUUGCGACAUAUUCUGUCGGAGCGCUGGCCGCAGUUCUGCUCAUCAUUUGUAUAGCACUGACCAUCGUUAUAUGGAGAAUGAGACCCAAAGACUACUGAUCUACUAGUGAUAAACAUGCUACUUCAUACUCUCUGCAAACCUCCACAUACAGUUUAUGUGUUUCAUAGCUUCAGACUUUCCAUAAACCUGUGUAACUAACAAGUUUUGCUCGCCUUUGCCUAGAAUGAGGUCAAAUAACAUGGCUACUAUGGUGAAUUAGUGUUUAUGGACUGUAUAGAUAAAUUUUUGACUAUCCAUGGGUCCUGAAGUCAAAGUGUAUCAUGACAUUUGAUUGUAUGUAAACAUGUAACUGGAGUUUCCAUAUGUCAAAAUAUUCCUUAGAAUAGAGAGUGAGCUGUAGUAAUGUUAAAUUUACAACAGUUAGAUUUGAUCAUUAGAAUUAUUGUUAACAUUUACUUGAUUAUGAUGUACAAUGUACUUUGAUAAAGUUAAUACUAGAUCACUUUUUAAUGAGAGUACACAUUUAUUAGUGUACACAUUUAUUACAUGGCUGAUAAACAAUAACUUGUGGCUUAUUUGACAAAAAACAACACACAGUAUAAUAGCUGUACCCUGUCAUAUGAAGAAAGAGACAUGGUGAAGUCCAAGAUGAAGAUGUAGAACAGUUACAGGGCCAUAAUAUAUAUCGAAUACCCUACCAUACACGUGUGCAUCAUAGUAGUGCUAACUCUUAAUGGUUCCAGUGUAGUAAUUUUUAGAGAUGCUGGACUUCUCCCAAUAAUAUGAUUGUAAAAUUUGGUGAAAUGAAGUGUUAAGGGGUUAAGCCUUUUGCAGUAUAAACAUAUCAUCAUCUGUUUAUUUCCAGGAUUUUAAGUCUCAGGUUGUUAUUCUUUCUCUAAAAUGUUGAAAUCAUUGUAACUGUUGCGUUUUACUGUUGAAUCGCCACUAGCGGUUCAAGAUGGGGGUGCACAUGGCACCCUCUCCUAAUUUACUUUUAAUUGUAAUGUUGGAGAAAAGAGAAAUUAAAUAUGCCAUUUCGGACUAGAAAUUGUUUAAAUAGUCUUGGGGGAGGAGUAUAAACAAAAACAAUGCCCCUGAUGGCAUCCAUUGUUAAAGAAUCAGUUUAUUUGCAAUCCACUCAUGAAACUGUGAUUGUCAUAUGUAUAUGGUAGCUAGUUAUACAAUAUAAUAUCAACAACUCGUGGACACUCGGGGCAGACCUUAAAAGUGAUUGUCAUAUGUAUAUGGUAGCUAGUUAUACAAUAAAAUAUCAACAACUCGUGGACACUCGGGGCAUCAACAACUCGUGGACACUCGGGGCAUCAACAACUCGUGGACACUCGGGGCAUCAACAACUCGUGGACACUCGGGGCAUCAACAACUCGUGGACACUCGGGGCAUCAACAACUCGUGGACACUCGGGGCAUCAACAACUCGUGGACACUCGGGGCAGACCUUAAAAGCUUGAGUUACCCAAUGUUAUAUCUUCUUUGCAAGAAUGCUUACAAAUUGGGCUUUUAAAUUUCACAUAUAUGUGUUAUGCAUAAAUGUUGGACUACUACAGACAUGAGUUACUCUUGUUCCAUUUUGUUUUUGGAAAUUGAAUAUGAAUGUGGAAACGGCUGCUCAAAUCCUUUGACAAAUAACUGGCUUUAAUUUUCACACUGUUCUUUCCAUACAUGUUUGUUAGUCUCAAGCAAUAUCCAUAUCUAUAAAUUCAUUGUUAUUCGUAUGUUUUAAUAAUCCCAUACUCGCAUAUAUACUCACUGCUAACAUUCCAAUACUUGAUCAUUGUACAUAGCCUUUUUAUAAUUACUUUCAUUUUAUAAUAUAUUAUUAAUCUUUCAUAUCAUUUUAAAUGUUUGUUUUCUAACUUUUAUUGAUACUUAGUAUCUGAGGUGGAAAUAUAUAUAUAUAUUAGUCUUAUUCGAGGUCAGUUUUUAAAAUUGUUAUCACCAUUUGUUAACGUUUAAGGCAUUUUAAAUACAUGUAUGUAAAUUCCACUAAUAUUUCAUUUUACAUUUUGGAUUCGGUUCCUUUUGCGUAAACAAAACAAUGUCAAUCAAUGGAGAUCGCAUGGUUGGGUUGCUAUGUACGCCAUUUUAAACGAUAUAAUCAGAUAAAUUCCAAGAGAAUAAUGAUCGGGCUCAUAUAGACUGAUACACUGUAUGAUUCAUAUCAUGCAAGGUUCGUGAUACAAAGAUAUUUACCAUAUUUAUAUGCAUUUGUAAAUUGUGCAAAUAUGUAAAAUAUGUGCACACGAUUGUAUUUUUAAUAAAAGAAAUCUUAAAUCCUCAA